AGAGUAAGAAGCGCGAAUGUUGUUUCCCUUGAUUUGUCCCUCUUCGGCUACCGUCGUCGGCCACCUGAUCAUACGUCACAGUUGUUCCUGUUUGUUAGCUGUCUGUUAGCGGUAAAAGCUAGAGCAACAAUCGCUUCUUUUAUAACUCAUUUAUUUGAAUUAAACCGCAAGAAUGGAGAUCGGGACAGAGAUAAGCAAGAAAAUAAGAGCGGCUAUCAAGGGCAAGCUUCAGGAGCUCGGUGCAUAUAUUGAUGAAGAGCUCCCUGACUAUAUUAUGGUGAUGGUUGCAAACAAGAAGACCUCUCAACAGAUGGCCGAUGAUCUCUCCCUUUUUCUUGGAAACAACACUUUGAAAUUCACAGUGUGGCUACAAGGUGUCCUUGAGAAGUUGAGAUCUGUUGCAGUCGAGCCUGCAUCCCUAAGUGCACAUCCGCUGCAGUCUGACGGCGGCACUGUGGCUGGGAAAAACAGGUCAUCUGUAAGUGAGGACAGCAGGGCAGAGGAGCUGAAGGUGCUGACGGUGUCCAGCUCACGCUCCGAUAGGACUGAAGCACGCGUGUCCAGUUCCGCUCAUGAAAGCAGGAGAGGCAGCUCGGAGAAGAGUUCCUCUCGACUUACCUCCACUGUUAAGCCCCUCAUGGAGCUGCUCCCCUUAGACGCCGUUAUUGACAUCAAGCCAGAGAUGGAUGAUGACCUCAUCGCCGAGGAUCCUGUAGAAAUUGGAACCAACCAUGGUCGAACACGCGGUGCAGCUAGUAGACCCACAGCAGAAAUCUACAGACCGGGUCAGAGCAAGUAUACAUCAUUAAGCUCUGCUGAAUCGUUUCGACCAUCAGAAGGAUCCUCUCACUCCAGGCAGCAGGACAGCAGGAGCAGCAGAACCUCCAGAACCGGAUCCAGCAGGCAGGAGGAGUUGUCACGGAAGCGUAAGGCGCCGGUAGCGAGUUCAGUGGUGCGAGUGAACCGAGCAGCAGCAGCAGCAGCAGCAGAAGAAGAAGAAGACAGCGAUGACGUGGAAGAGGAGGAUACAGGCUACGGAGGCAGAGGCCUUUCCAGUAGAGUGUCCCUCCCCUCCAAACCAGAACGCAAGCCUACUCUCCCUCCAGCCAAGCAAGCCAACAGGAAUCUGAUACUGAAGGCCAUCUCUGAAGCUCAAGACUCCAUUACCAAAACUACCGCCUACCCCACAGUACCACAGAGGAAGACUGUUCCUGUUGCACCUCGUACCCGUACGGCCAGCACUGAUGAGAUGACUGCAGCCAUCCAGCUGGUCCAGGAGCACCUCCACAGCCUGACCCCCAGGGUUCAGACCUACACCUCUGCAGAGCUACCUCCUUCCAGAACUGCUCCAGUGAGAUCUUUAGCUUCUCGCCUUCAGCUGGAUUUAGCAGAGAGCAGUGAUAGAGGAGAGCAGAGUGACUAUGUUGUUGAGGUCACUGAAGGCGGUGAUGCAAAGCCAUUUGAUACCCGCUCCUUCAUAGUGAGCCGACCACAGCUGGGAGAGACUUCAACCAGAAGCCAGCUCCGUCCUCAGGUCAAAGGGGAAGUCCCGUCUGCUAUACCACGCACUGUCCAGGCCAGUAAGGAGAGGGGAGACAGCCCCAAGUUCAUAGUGACGUUAGAUGGGGUACCGAGCCCGCUGGGGAAUAUCGCAGACUGUGAGAUGGAGCUGGAGGAAGUGAGACCGCCCUCAAAGGUCACCGAGGCGACCGUCCCCGUCAACAGGGGUGCCAAAGUCAGCAUCCUUCACAGACUUCAAAGACUCGCAUCAUCAGAAGAUGAUAUGAUGGAGGUUGAGAUGGCGGAAGAGGGCGGUGUGUCUUUAAAGAAACGGAAGGUGACGGAGCGCUGCAAGUUCUGGCCGGUCUGUAAAAGCGGAGACGAUUGUUUGUACCAUCACCCUACAACACAGUGCAAGACUUUUCCCACUUGCAAGUUUGGGGAUAAAUGCCUUUUUGUGCAUCCUAAUUGUAAGUACGACGCCAGGUGCUCCAAGCCAGACUGUCCCUUCACUCAUGUCAGCCGAAGAAGCACAUCUGCUCCUCCGCCCAGGCCAGCAGUGCAGCCAGUGCAAUCCACUAGCGUGUGCCGCUUCUUCCCUGAGUGCAAGAAGAUGGAUUGUCCAUUUUAUCAUCCCAAGCCUUGUCGCUUCGCGGCACAGUGUAAGCGAUCUGGAUGUACCUUCUACCACCCGACCACAGCUGUGCCUCCGAGACACGCCCUGAAGUGGACAAAAACGCAGACCAGCUAAUAAAGUCCAGGGAGUCUUGACAGAAGUCUGAUGACGGUUUACAUUUGAAGCUAUGGAGGAUAUUUGCCAUCUGUGUCUAUUGAUUUUCAUUAUUUUCCUUCUAAAAACUGUUCAUUUUAAUGUCUUGUUUGGGUUGAUUUUUAAAAGAAUUGUUUUGUAAGAGUAAAAUGUUUUUGCUCUCUCAGAAUAUUAAAUACUCUACAGUGAACUUUACACUUGUGUAAUCUUGUC